GUUUUACGAUCGACUUACCACUCAAUCUUUCCACUAAACACCAGCAGUCGGUGUGGAAAAUUAAUUCCGUAUGACCGUGAUCUAGAGACCACGUAUUCAUAGAUUCUUGUCUUCCCAAAUAUUUUUACAACCUACUGUCAAUCGGACCACUAAUAAAACGAUUUGUUUUCACGGCUUACUUCGAACAAAAGAUAUUAGGCGAAUCCCUACUGGUAUAAAUGUUGGGAACUGGUGCAUCAGAAUUAGCUGUAAUGUUCAUAUAAUCAUUUCCUUGAGUGCGAAAUAAUGCUGUUAAAUGCAGAAUGAUAAUUCAGAAUUUUCUUUCCUUGAAUAUGAUCUAGAUGCUUUUCUGGCUACUUAAAUCCCUUUAUUUCAGGAACUUUACAUUCAUGAUAGUUAGUACAACUAGUUUACAAGUACUGUUUCAUGUACUCAACUUUAAAUCAUAAUUGUGGUUAGAAAUUGUGUUAUUUAGAUGACCAAACUGGAGUAAAUGGGACGAACCUUAAGCUUACAGCUCUAUAGUCAAAAGCCAACAGUUUUAAGCAUUAACCACAACUACGCUUCAGGACUAGUUUUUUUUGUAUACUUAGUUCAAUAGUAAGGAGGGUGAACUUUAUAAACGCCUUAACAGUUUCGCUUAAGAAUGAGUCACUUUAGCACUAGUGAUUUAAUGGAUUACGAAACCCCAAUAAAGGGGUAUAAGAAGCUCAUGUGAAAGUUCUCUAUCCAUAACGUAGAUGGAAUAUUCCAAUACUUGAGAAGAGCUGGACACAUGGCUCAACAUUAACUGUGCCGAUAUAAAGUUUUAGGUUAAAAUCCACUAUAAUUAUUGCAGUCACAAGGUACAUACUAGAUAGUAAUCUAAUGAAUUUUUUUAUUUCAGUGCUUUGAAUUAUCUCUCAAUAAUCUAAGUUAAAUAAUAGAGAAAUGGAACUUGAUUCCUUGUGCCAACAUUGGGAUUCAACUUUGGAUAUUGACGAAGAAAAUUUUGAAACCGUCGCUGAAUCAGAAAAACACCCACGCCUUUCAUUAUAUAAAAACAAAGGUCGAGCUGCCGAUCAGGAAAAACGUUGGCGUCAGAAACUCAGCAUACUUAAAUCCAAAAAGGAACGAUCAGAUCAUUUCGAUCAUAAUCGCCUCUCUGUCAAUAAAGAAGAACUCUCAAAACACCCAUGGGCAUCAACUCAAAUAAAGUCGGAAAUAAAAAGUUGGCGUCGUCACUCGAAACUUUUAAUGCUAGCAGAGUGGUUUCUAUUUAUGCCUCCAAAUUUUUAUGAGGAAUAUCGGAUGAAACUUUGUCCUAAAGGGCGCCAUGUAUUUAUCAGGGCUUCAAAAGGAAAGACUAUAGCAUGCACUAGAACUGGACGUCAACUGAUAUCCUCUGUUUCACGGCUUCCAGGAGGUGGUUUAGGCCAAAGUGAUAAUCAGAACAAUUCAUAUACAACUUUAUUAGAUUGCAUAUUAUACUGUCCAGAAAAGAACAUUGAUUUCAGUAAUUUCCAAAUGGCAAAUGGAACAAAGCAAAUGACUUUUGUCUUCUACGUAGUUGACAUCAUUUUUAUGAGAUCUACAUGUUAUGUCGAUCUACCUUUUUAUGAACGAUCCCAAUGGUUAGAAAAUUAUCUCAAGCAACAAAUAGAAGAGUAUGAUGAAAGUGAUCCCGUUGCUUUCCAUAUUCUGCCGUCAUAUCAAUGUGAUGUAGGAUCAAUGCAAGAUGCAUUCUCGUCAAUCCCACCAUACAAGAUUGAUGGUGUUCUAUUUUACCACAAAGAUGUUAAUUACGAGCCUGGAGCAACUCCUCUUGUUAGCUGGUUGAAACCAUACAUGUUACCGGAGUGGUUCCCCAAUAUCAAUUAUCAUUCGGAUUUCAUGAAAGAUAUUCCUGACGAUUAUACUGAUUAUAUUAAUGAAAUACAACAAUAUGAAGCUAAAAUGUCUCCGAAACCAUUACCUUCCGUCAUCUAACAAACAUAGUAACUAUGAGUACUCAUCUUACUAUCACUGAUCGGAUUUUUUGCAUAAAAAUCAUUGUAAUACCUUCUUUGGAAUGUUGGUUCAUGGUUUUCUUCACUUACAUGAAAACAAUUAUCAUAUAUUGAAACCUUUCAUACUUACAUAUCCAAGUGUACUUUUUCUCUAGAUUAUCUGUACAGUAAAUUUCUUUAUACAUUAAUCAAAUAGUUUGUAUUAACAAAUAUCAUGGGUUUCUUCAGCAAGACCAACCGUUAAUAAGGUUUUGUAAUGCAUGCAUAGUUACACAUAUUUGUGUAGAAAAACUCAAAUGUAACUGUAUUCAUAAAUGCACAAGCUUCAUUUGUUACUUUGUCUCAGAAAUCUUAUUUCGAUAGAUUUAGUGCCAAUGAUCACCUACUUUCACUUUUCCAAGCGUGACAUUAGCUCGUACACAUAAAAAGGAUAUUGUAUCAAAAUGCCGUAAAAUCUUACUAAGUAAAUUGUAGUAGUACUUUUGUCCAACCAUGUAAAUGGAACAUAGUUGUCAUCUCAGGUUGGAAGUUGCGGACUGAGAACACACGGAAUUCUGGCGGUCAGUGUAUUAAAAACCCUUGUUCGCAGCCUUUUAACGAAAGCCAGUUGCUUCAAGAAAGCUAUUGAUAUCACUAAGAGUCCAAUGUAUCGAGGUCACUAUUUAUUUAUUUGAACACAUAA